UCUAACGUCGUGUGGGAUUGUGAACAUUAAUAUCUGUCCUUAAUUUACUCCAAUAAUGCCGUAUGCUAACCAGCCGACGGUGAAAAUCACAGAACUGUCAGACGAAAAUGUGAAGUUUAUGAUUGAAAACACUGAUUUGGCGGUUGCAAACUCUAUACGUCGUGUCUUCAUGUCAGAAGUUGCCACUAUAGCGAUUGACUGGAUCCAGAUCGAUGCCAAUUCAUCAGUAUUGCAUGAUGAGUUCAUUGCACACAGAGUGGGUCUCAUACCCCUCACUAGCGAUGACAUUGUGGACAAAAUGCAGUAUUCCAGGGACUGUACCUGUGAUGAUUUCUGUCCAGAGUGUUCUGUCGAGCUGACGCUGGAUGUCCGAUGCACUGAAGACCAGACACGCCAUGUCACCUCACGUGACCUGUUGUCCAACAACCCCCGAGUCAUCCCUGUGACUUCCAGGAGUAGAGACAAUGAUCCCAAUGACUACGUUGAACAAGAUGACAUUUUGCUGGUGAAGCUUCGUAAAGGACAGGAACUGCGACUCAGAGCUUACGCCAAGAAAGGCUUUGGCAAAGAGCAUGCCAAGUGGAACCCAACAGCGGGGGUGUCAUUCGAGUACGACCCAGACAACGCACUCCGGCACACAGUUUACCCAAGACCUGAGGAAUGGCCAAAGAGUGAAUACACAGAGAUUGAAGAAGAUGAGGUUCAAGCUCCCUAUGAGCCCAAUGGAAAACCAGAAAGGUUCUAUUACAACGUGGAGUCUUGCGGUUCUCUACGACCGGAGACCAUCGUCAUGUCUGCGCUGGCCGUCCUCAAGAAGAAGCUGAGCGACCUGCAGACACAGCUGAGCCACGAGAUCCAAAGCGACGUGCUCACCAUCAACUGAGAGUGUCUUGCUUACAGACCAGGACCUGCAUUCACACAGCACAGCACAUUACUUCUGAUCAGAUCGAGGAUCAGUGUUCAGGUUGCAUGACACGUGCUUCUGUUCUAUGUAGAAUCAGUUGAAUCCUCCCGGGAUACUGGUCUUAGAUCUGUAUGUAUGUUCUUGUAUGUGUGUUCUUGAGCUGUGGGUAAUUUGAACUACUAAGAGUCUUCAUUUUACCUUAGAGUUUGAACAAAAUGAUUGUUAAAUGUCUCAUUGUUAGAAGUCAUCAUUUACUCUUAUCCAGACAUGCAUUCUUGAACUUAUUCCAGCAGCAGUGAUUCUAACAGAAGUUGUGUGUGCAAUGCAAGGUCAGUGUCUGAAAGGUCUCGAAAUGAUGCAAAUAAAGUUUUUUUUGUUGUCAGUGUAAUACUCGAAUAAUAUUUUGUUAAAUGUCACUUUUUAAAUAAAUC